GUGAUAAACUCUAAAUGAGAUUUUCCAUUAAAGUAGCAAUACUUAUAUUUUCAAGCAAUGCUAAUUAUGUAAUAGCACAGGCUGUUCAAGCUAAAAUGUACACAUCCUGUGGAUAUCUGGCAACCAAAAUAUACUGUUUUGGUGGUCGGCUUCAGAGUAAUGUUUAUCCUGAUACGAAUAUGGUGAUGUUGGACAUACUUAAUUAUAGUGGAUCUACAGCAGAAGAGUUCAAAAACAGAUGGGUCACAGUUACCACAAAUCCAAACGGUUUGGAGAUUUCACAAAGAGGAGGAAUAGCAACAGUUCCACUACCAGAUGGAAAUACGAUGUUGCUUCUCGGCGGUUGGUCUGGCGGAAAUACUAAACUACCAUCACAGAUGUUAGCUUUUAAUGGAGAAACCAGAUCGUGGCAGAAAUAUCCAGAUUACACAGAAGAUCCAUAUGGUGUCCGACAGAUUUACUAUUCAGCCGCAUCAUAUGUUCCUGAAUACGGGAUCGCAUUAUAUGGCGGUUUUGAGACUAAUUAUGAUAAAAGUUAUGUUCUGCCAGGUGUAAAUGUAACUGCGUAUCAAGAUGAUUCCCAAAAUAUUAGGAGUUUUGGUUUUACCAGUCUGACAUUUCUGAAUAUCAUGACCUCAUCAAAUCCUUGGUCAGUGUAUCCCACUCAGACUAACAAGCCAAACAUCUUAUCGAAAGAACAAACAUCGAUUUUUGAUAUUAGAAGCAACCGCAUCUUUUACUAUGGUGGGUUUUACAUAUCACCUCCAUCUAUCGAGGCUGACUAUUUUGAUUUUAAUAAUUCUCUCACAUUUAAUCUAACCGAUGGAGUUUGGGGUAUACAAAUACUCGAAGGAAGUAUACCAACUAAAAGAAUGGGCCAUAGUACGACACUAAUUGGUCCUACUCAAAGAGAUGUACUGCUGUAUGGAGGUCAGCGAUAUACAGACGUUACGCCUUCUCUCGAUUACUGCUAUACCUUAAAUCUCGAUACAUAUCAAUGGACAUCUCAAUUGAUUGAAGCCAAAAGUUCUCCAAUUUUGAUAAGAUCAACCCACUCAGCUGUUUCUGUAAAUAGCGAGACUGUGUUUAUAUUAUUUGGAAUGGACUCCAAUAAAAACACUAUACUUUCUUUAUUGAUGCUCAACGUUUCCAAUCCUUCAAAGGUUACUUGGCUUGAAAAAUAUACUGACGCAAACGCAGCAGUCGAGGUUUUUCCGGAUUCAAAUACUACUUCCGUAGACGAAGUACAGCCCGUUAAAGUUUCUAAAUUAAGCACAGGAGCUACCGCUGGGAUUGCUGUCGGUGCAACAGCAGGUGCAAUUGGUAUUGCUAUUAUGUUAUUUUGUCUUAUUAAGAAGAGAAAGACCGAACGAAAAAGGCGCGAAAUUGAGAAAACCGAAGGACAACAAGUGAAAGAGCAGUUACCAGAAAAUGUUAUCGAAGUUGAUUGGGAUGAAAUCGAUAAAAACUAUGCAGAGCUUCCUCAAUUUUUGGAUGGUUCUACUACGGUUGUCGACUCGGUUUCAAGGAAUCGUAACACUGUAUUAACACGAGGAAGCGUGGAAUUACAGAGACCUCAUUCUAUUGGUGAUGGAAAUCAACUCAGAGGGAGUGAAGCCCAAUUAUCCCAAAAACCCGAUGUGUUUGCUGAACCUUCUUAAGAUAAUAGCUAUCAUAUGACUUAAUUAAUUGAGCUUAUUUGCUAUUCGACCAUAAAUCACAAGAGUUAAUAAAUGUUAGUUGUACUUUAUUUGAAAUACCAGAC